CGCGUGUGUGCUGUCCGUGUUGCACAGGUCAGUGCGGAGCUAUAAAAUCUUUAAUCUUGUUUACAGUAACAUCACUCUCGGACAGCAAAGGAUGAAAGAAACAAUAAUGAACCAGGAGAAACUCGCCAAGCUGCAGGCACAAGUCCGCAUUGGUGGAAAGGGCUCUGCACGCAGAAAGAAGAAGGUAGUGCACAGAACUGCGACUGCAGAUGACAAGAAGCUUCAGUUUUCCUUGAAGAAACUUGGUGUCAACAAUAUCUCUGGCAUCGAAGAGGUCAACAUGUUCACAAACCAGGGCACAGUGAUCCACUUCAACAACCCUAAAGUUCAGGCAUCUCUGGCAGCAAACACCUUCACCAUCACAGGGCACGCCGAGACCAAGCAGCUGACGGAGAUGCUGCCCAGCAUCCUCAACCAGCUGGGGGCCGACAGCCUGACCAGCCUCAGGCGGCUUGCCGAGGCCCUGCCCAAGCAGGCUGGAGAUGUCAAAGCACCAAUUGCAGCUGGAGAGGAUGAUGAUGAUGAAGUUCCAGACCUUGUGGAGAAUUUUGACGAGGCUUCAAAGGAUGAGGCAAACUGAAGAACACUCCAAAACCCAAAGUUUCCUGACUUGACUGGGCAGCGUGGAGCUUGUUUUUUAUUUCUUUGUAAUGUUCUCUUUCUUUUUUGUAUCGUUCCCAUGUCUACAUCAAGUUUGAGAAAUGGAUGUAUUGUACUCUUCAGAUGUUUUUGGGUCUUCAAUCUUGGCUGCUUGUCCUGCAUUACUGAAUCCAGCACAUGUGAAGUCUGAUUAGAAUUGAACACAAUCUGGAAUAAAAAAUAAAUUUAAGAGAUGUUUAUUAAAAA